AUGUCUGCUAAUCCCAGAGUCAUCAAGGCUUUUAAUGCUAUGAGGUCCUUAGGAAUUUCUAUUGAAGAGGUGAAACCGGUGUUGAAAAAGUUGUUAAAAUUGUAUGAUAGGAACUGGGAACUUAUUGAAGAAGACAAUUAUCGUACACUUAUAGAUGCAUACUUUGAGUUAAAGCAAGAUAAGCAAGCAGAAGUUAAGAGAAAAGCUCCAAUCGUUUAUCUUGAUGAGGGAAGGCCAAAACAGAAACUGCACUUGGUAGGUGGAGAUGAUCAGAUUUCCUCAACUGACAUCUCAAAACAAGGGUUGUCUGUAGAAGACGCGGAAAUACCUCCCAAGGCUUAUAAACAGAAGAUCACUAAGCCUUUUCAAACCUCCAUUGGGGAUAUGGAGCCCACAACCAGUUCACAAGCAUUACAAACAACGUUGAGUGGGGUAGAAAGAAUAUCAACUUUACCUGACAUGGCUAUUAGAGAGAAAAAAUUGCAUCAUGAGACAGCAUCAGCUUCCAGGCAUCGUGAAGAUCCAAUAGAUGAAUCAAGAAAUCCUCGUAUCCAAAGGAAAAAUAUGUCAAGUGAUAAUCAUAAGAAGGAGCUGAUGACAGCAAGAACUGAGAAACCUAAGUUACAUCUUGGACCUGUUUCAACGAGUUACAAUGGCUCACCUGACGCUUCUAGUCGUGCCAAAGCUCUAUCAGCUACGUAUCAGAAUGUGCGCAAGAAAUAUGGUAGCUCAUCAGGCAAUAAUAUCAAUAUAAUUCAGAAAGGUAAUAUUGACAUUGCUUCUUCACUUUCGGGAGAAAUUAAAAUUUCUUUGAACUGCGAUGCUGCUUUGCGACAACCAAACUUUAGUAUUCCGAAUUUGGACGCUGUUAUGAAGUCCGUGGAAGAAAAAUACCUUAAGGAUUACAAGAUAGUAAAGCCUCAAUCAUCUAUGGGGAAGCUAUUAGAUGAUUUAUGUGAAUAUUACUUGAAGCUGGGCUUGAAUAAUAAUUCCUCUCACUUUCUCGAUGACAUUACAAAAGGUUCUGAGAAUGUUAAAAUAUCAUUGUUGGAUGAAUCUGGAAUUGAGGAUUUGCCAAAGUUUAAUUACAUAGCAAAUAAUGUAAUAUAUCAAGAUGCUAACGUAAAUAUUUCACUUGCUCGUAUUGCUGAUGAGGGUUGCUGUGCUAACUGUGCUGGCGACUGUCUUUCAUUACCGCUUCCCUGUGCAUGUUCUCAAGAAACAGGUGGAGAGUUUGCUUACACUCCACAAGGUUUGCUGAGAAAUGAUUUUUUAACAGCUUGCAUAUCUAUGAAAUUGGAACCUCAAGAUCAUCAUUUUGUGUAUUGCCAAGAAUGCCCACUGGAGAGAUCUAAGAAUGACAUCCUUCCUGAACCAUGCAAGGGGCAUCUGGUUAGGAAGUUUAUCAAGGAAUGCUGGAGGAAAUGUGGAUGUGACAUGCAGUGUGGAAAUCGGGUAGUGCAACGAGGUUUAUGUUGUAAAUUGCAGGUGUUUUUGACUCGUGAAGGAAAGGGAUGGGGCGUCAGAACACUAGAAGAUUUGCCCAAGGGAUGUUUCAUAUGUGAAUAUGCUGGGGAGAUAUUAACCAAUACAGAAUUAUUUGAAAGGAUUGUGCAGAAUGGCGGCAAUGACAGACAUACAUAUCCUGUAACCCUUGAUGCAGACUGGGGCUCGGAAGGGGUUUUAAAGGAUGAGGAGGCACUAUGCUUAGAUGCAACAUAUAAUGGAAAUGUUGCAAGAUGUUUGGACGCAAAUCUGAUAGACAUUCCUGUUGAAGUAGAGACGCCUGAUCGUCACUAUUAUCACCUUGCCCUCUUCACAAACAGAAAUGUGAAUGCGUACGAGGAAUUGACAUGGGACUAUGGUAUUGACUUCGAUGAUCACGAGCAUCCCAUUAAGGCAUUUAAGUGUUAUUGUGGAAGUGCCUCAUGCCGUGAUAAUAAAAAAAAGAAGAGGUCAGUAAGAUAA